AUGCUUCUCUCAAUAUAUUUCAAAUGUUAUUCUCGUUAUACAUUUUAUCAUAGAAAUAACGAUCAAACAUUCGAUUGUUUAUAUGCUCAUAUAGAAUAUUCUCAUCAAAUCGAUAGCGGAGCUUAUCUAACACUUUCACACCUCAUUCCUUUUUGUCAACAAUUCAAUGAAAACGACAAACCAAAUGAAAAUGUGGAAAAUGGCAUAAGUUUUGAAGAUCUAUCGAGAAACGGAAUAUCAAGUUCGCAAUUAUUGAAAUGGUUUGUUCCAAUUGAUAUUGCAGAAGAAUAUGAAAUCAAUAGUAAACAUUCGAAUGAAUUCUUUUAUAAUUGUUCAUUUCCUUGGUUUGGUUCAACAUGUCAAUUUCAAUUAAUUAAAGAUGAAGAAGUCACAUUUGGUGAACUUGUUCGUUUUAUUUUUCUCGAACGUGAUUCUCCAUCAUCUGAUCUUGAUUUUCCUAUUGGUACAUGUUAUCUCUUCUUGAAGAAUUGUAUUCGUGGACCAUCACCAGUGUGUCUCGAUUGGCGUGAAAUUUGUAAUGGUGUUAAUGAUUGUAUUGAUGGAGAAGAUGAAGAAUUUUGUGCUUUAUUAGAAGAAAAUCGAUGUUCAAAUGAAGAAUUUCAAUGUGUGAGAAGUAAAGAAUGUAUUUCACGAACAUUUGUCAAUGACCACACAGAAAGUCUUGAUUGUCUUGAUACGAGUGAUGAAAAAGAAAAAUUCGAAACGGAAUUUGGAGAAAAUUGUAUCAAAUUUCCAACAUUUGAGUGUGAAGAAAUAGGUCGUGGUGUUCGGGAUUAUUUUUCAUGCGGCGAUGGGCAAAUAAAGUUAAAUCUAAUGCCUCGUUUUCACGCUUUUUGUGCAAAUCUACGAGAUCAACACAUGACAAAAACUCUUUUUACUUCAUUUCAUUACAUUUCCAAUGUUCCAUGUCGAAAACUUCUCAUGUGUUACAUUCGUCCUGAUCGAAUUCAUUUUCUUUCACAUUUACCGGAUGAAAUUCAUUGUGAACUUCCCCUUGAACAUUGUCCAUUGAAAUGGGUCGUCUUUCCCGAAUAUCCCAUACUUUACUCAACGUUCCAAUUUGUUUAUUUUACAAAUCGAUCGAUAUCUUUAUCAACAGAUGAUAUUACACCAGAUUUGAUUUGUUUUAACGCAAUUCGAUGUCCAGAGUAUGUCUUUUGUUCGAUAGAUAUCGAAAUACAACAUGGUCUCCAUUGUUGUCGGGCUUUUGAUAUAUUAUAUGAUCCAAUUGAUACCUGGGACGCAUUUCAGCUUAUGUUUGAACUUAUUUUUCAAAAUUGUUUCAAAAUUAUUCAAAGUGAUACAUCAUUAUCGAUUGAUGAAAACGCAAAUUCCUCUGUAAAUCUCUGGUUGAAUUCACAUAAAACAUUUCCAUUUGCACAUUUUUGUGAUGGUCAAUGGCACAUACGAGAUAAUGACGAAUCGACGGAAACUGAUGAAACUAAUUGUGAUUUAUGGCCAUGUAAUAAUCCGUAUACUCGAUGUAAUCAAUAUUUACAUUGUUGGAAUGCAAUUGAUGAAGUCAAUUGUCCUAAAGAUCAAUGUGGAUCUGAUGAACUUUAUUGUAAAGAUGAGGCAUUUCAGAUUCGUUAUUGUUUACCGAGAUCAUUUCUAGCAGAUGAUCAUACGAAAUUUACUUCAGAUCGAUAUUCACGAGUUGUACAUUUAAUCAAUGAAACAAUCGGUGAUGUGAGAAAUUAUUUCUUUUGGAAUCAAACCAAAUGUCUCACUGUGGAAUAUUCGAAUCGAAAUGAUUUGACACGAUUAGUAGCAAAUAAUAACGAUGCUUGUUUAAUCCCGAAACAUCCGAAAUUUGUUUUUCCUAAAACUAUGAUUGUUAUGAGAAACAAAACAGAUCUUUGUAGAGCUGGUUCAACUGUUGCGAGUAAUUAUAUUGAAGAUCGACCAUAUCUUCAAUCAGCACAUUUGGGUUAUUUUCCAUCGAUUGUUCCUCCGACUUCUCAUCAAUCAACAAUGGUUCAAUCAGAUGAAGCAUCUCCUAUCGAUCUUCAUACAGAUGAAGUUGUUAGUUGGUAUUGUAAUCGAGGAUUUGCCAUUUUUUAUCAAAAAAAUCGAACGAUCAAAUGUCUUUGUCCACCAAGUUAUUUUGGUUCACGAUGUCAAUGGCAAAACCAAUGUAUUAGUUUAUCAUUUCAAUUGAAAUAUUUCACUUUCAUGUAUGAAAUGCCUAUUUUCCAAGUCAUUCUCAUGCUUAUUGAUGAUCAAAGACAAAUUUCCCCGUACAAUGAACAAACAAUUCAUGUCCCGAAACGUGAUUGUGGAAUUAAAUAUCAUUUUUAUUUACUUUAUCCAUCAAGACCAAAGAAUUCUUCGCUGAAUUAUUCAGUUCAGAUUGAUAUUUUCAAUCGAAUUACAUUGACACAUUGGGCAAGUUUAGCAGUUGCUUAUGGACAAACCGUCGAAUUUCAGGGUCCAAUUGUCGCGAAUGUCACUUAUAAUUCGGCCACAAACACAAUUAUUUUUAGAUAUACAGCAGUGAAGUCGAUUGAAGUGAGAAAUACAAAUGGAUUUCAAGUUUGUUGUCAAGGAACACAAUGUCGAAAUGAUGGUAAUUGGAUAUCUGCAAAUAUCAUCAGUAGUGAUGCACUGAGUGUGACUGUCAAAGCACCGGCUGUGUGUGAUUCGAAAGUACUUUAUGGAACGCGUUAUCUUUGGUUAGAAACACCAUGUCUAUUCAAACAAGCAGCAAUUUACAGUUCAACAGAUUCCAAUUUACCUUCACCACCUUAUUACAAAGUCUUUUGA